AUGGAGCAGGUGUCAGUUUACCCUGUUCGUGUUGCUCUCCAGCAGUACAUGGCAUCUCCCAAUGCAGCGGCCGUCAGGGAAGCUCUGAGUUCUGCUGUUCACACAUAUGAAGCAGGCUUUUCUCGCUGGAUACCAGGGUCGACCAAACACUCUCGGAAGAAGGAAGAGUUAAUCCACACGAUUGUUCAAGUGGUUUUCCAGCACCGCCUGCCACCACCUUCAGUCUAA